AUGGAUAAACGGGAACCUGAGAAGAAUGAAGGUAACCCUGAAAAGAAUAUAAAACACUCUGACCAGAAAGAUAAAGUUGUUAAAAGAAAAAACAGAGAAGAAGAUAGGAAAAAGCGUUCAAAAUUACCAAGUCAAGAUAACUUUAAUGAAGGGAAUGGCAAUAAAACACCCCAGCAAGAGUUGAGCAGUGAAGACAACGGGGAUGAUGAUGAGGAGGAACAGUCAAAUUUGAGUAACACAGGAAUAAGAGAUGUAUGGCAAAGAUCAGAAUUAAGUGGCGGCGAAGAGAUUAACAAUGAAAGGAAAUAUUUAAAGCUGAGUAACAAAGCAAAAUGCACUGAAUGGCAAUAUCCAGAGCUAAGCGAUGGGUAUAGUGAUGUUGAGGUGAAAGGAUCAGAGUUCAGUAACAAAUCGAAUAGAAAUGAAUGGCCACAACCAGAGUUGAACAAUCGAGAAAAUGACAAUGAAGGGGAAGAUUUAAAGUUAAGUAACAAAGGGAAUGACAUUGAAGGACAAAAGCCGGUUUUGAGCGUUAGUGUCAGUAUUGAUGAGGGAAAGAAGUCACAGGUAGAUGGUGAAGCGAAUGGCAAUAAGGACAAUUGCCAUAAGUUAUUCGAUAAAGACAGUCAUCGUGAUGAGAACACGUAUAAGUUGAGUGGUGAGAGCAGUGAUGGUGUGGAACAAAACGUGAGUUAUGGCUACGAUGGCAAUAAACGUCAACGGCCAGAAUCGAGGGGUGAUGAAGAACAACACAAACAACUAAUUGAUAAAGGACAAGAACAGCAUCCAAACUCGAGUGACGGGGACAAUAGUAAUGAAAGAAAAAGGCCAGUGUUGAGCUGCAGAGGUGUUGACAAUGAGGGAAGACAGACACCACUGAGCUUCAAAUCAGAUAAACACGAAAAAGAAAAUAAUGACGGAGAGAUUCGUUGUGAAGACGAUAUUGAUAAUCAUUUAAAAUUAAGAAAUGAAAACGACAGUGAUGAACAACGCAACUCAUUUUCAAAUGACAAAUGUAUGUCGGGUAAUGGUUUCAGAAAAUUAAAAGAAAACAGCGAUGAUUGUAUACUUUACAAGCGUAGUUAUGAUUCACCAUCUUCAAAUGAAACCUUUCUGUAUACUCGCAUUAAUAAUAAUGUAACUUCUAGGGAAAGCAUGCCCCAAAAUAACGAGUCAGGUAAAGAAAAUAUUACACCUGAGCCUCGCAUUGGAUUAUUUAAGGUUCAUGACAAUGACAAUAUGAAUGAUUCUGUAACGGGCAAAGAAGAAUUGCACAUACACAUAUCUUUUGAUAGUGGAACCGAUAAUCAUAGUCGAGAAAGCGAAACAAUCCCUAAAGAGAGAAUAGAUCGAAAUAAUAAUUAUAGGGAAUCUGGAAGUAUAAAUGUGCCAUUAGAAAUAUGUUCCGAAAGAAGUGAACAUCAGCAUCAAAUGGAAUCAUUAAAGGAACCACCCGAGUUUGACAAUGACAGUCUUCUUCAAUCUUUUAGAAAUUACUCAGACGUAUCAUCAUCGAACAGAGAUGCCAGCUCUUCAACACAGUUUGAUAGCGGGAUAGAUACAGACAGCCAAGGAAGCGAAACAAAUCCUAAAGAUAUACUUGUAAUAGAACGAGUCAACAACAGAAUUCAUUACCAUAGCCAGCAUUUACAUCAAUUGAGUGUUAACCCUGAUGAAGAUAUUGAUAUCAGCACUAAUGAAACAAAACGAAUGACAAUUAAUGAAAGAAACGUUGAAAGAUCUGGUAAAUCCAUACAUUUAAACACUCAUGAAACAGAACCAAAGACGAUUAAUGCAGAUAUCAACGUUAAAACCGACGAAUUAAUGAAAGUGGACAUACAUGAAACAACACCAAAGACACUUAAUGUAGAUGUCAAUGUUAAAACUGACGAACUAAUGAAAAUGGACACACAUGAAACAAAACCAAAGACAAUUAAUGUGAAAAACGAUGUAAGACCAUGUACAAAUUCUAAUAAAAGCACUCAUGAAAACAAUCAAAAUUCUAAAGAUGUAAAUGAAACUGCCCCUCUAGGGACAAAUGACGAAAAUAAUCUUUUGUCUAGAAAUACACCAAAUUUUGACGACAGACUAAUGAAUGAUAGAACAGAAUUAUGUGAAAGUCCAUUUCACGGCAGUGAAAAUGAAAGUGGCCAAUCGGAUUCUGAAGUUGUAAAUGAUAAUGAGGCUAAUGAAAUUGUACCAAUGUCUCAAAUUCAGAACGAAAAUAUGGAACAAAAUUCUAGAAAAGGAACUGAUCUGGAUCCACACUGA